GCAUUUGCCAGUGGCAGCUGUCAAUUUCUAUUGUGUCAAUGUCAGGUUUAAUUUUAUAAUUCUAGAUCUCUUUUGCAUACACGGUGUCCAUUUGUGAAGGUCACAAUGGGGCGCCGACCAGCUAGAUGCUAUCGGUAUUGUAAAAACAAACCGUAUCCAAAAUCCAGAUUUUGUCGGGGUGUGCCUGACCCAAAGAUUCGUAUUUUCGAUCUUGGUAAGAAGAGGGCAGCAGUAGAUGACUUUCCUCUGUGCGUGCACUUGGUAUCCGACGAAUAUGAGCAGCUGAGUUCAGAGGCUUUGGAAGCCGGCCGUAUUUGCUGCAACAAGUACCUCGUGAAAAACUGCGGCAAGGAUCAGUUCCACAUCCGCAUGAGGUUACAUCCGUUCCACGUAAUUCGUAUCAAUAAGAUGUUAUCGUGCGCUGGAGCUGAUAGGCUCCAGACAGGAAUGCGUGGUGCUUUUGGCAAGCCUCAAGGCACAGUAGCCCGUGUCCGUAUUGGCCAGCCUAUUAUGUCAGUGCGUUCUAGUGACCGCUGGAAGCCUCAGGUCAUUGAAGCUCUCCGUCGUGCAAAGUUCAAGUUCCCUGGACGUCAAAAGAUCUAUGUGUCAAAGAAGUGGGGUUUCACUAAAUACGAGCGUGAAGAGUACGAGACGUUGCGAGAGGAAGGCCGAUUUGCCAACGACGGCUGCAACGUAAAAUACCGAUCUGAGCACGGCCCGCUCGAUGCCUGGAAAAAGGUGCAAGUUGAGAUCCAUAACGUGUAACUUUGUACUAAGCACUAAUAAAAA